AUGAGUUCUCAUAUGAUUUCUAUUGGUUUUCGAACAUUAGUUGCUAGUGUCAUAACAUCAAUCUUUUCAUUGACUAUGGAAACACUUAAUCAUGGUAAGGAACAAAUAUUUUAUGAAUAUCGUAAUCGUAUAUUACAUUAUUAUAAUAUUGAUGAAUCAGAAUUAAGAAGAAAACCUCGUCAAGCAAUUAACCCUUUGGCUAUCGCCGCCGUUUAUAAAGAUCAUGGGCUUUAUCAGCGUCUAAAACUAACACAAUCAAUUGUAGUACAUAUUUUUUGGAUUAACUUGCGUAGAAACAAGCAUCAGACAGCUGAAGUCUAUGAUACCAUUAUAAAACGAUGGUAUAUUCUAGAGUCGUGA